AUGACGCGGAAGCGACGGAGAUCAGGAAAGACCGUGCCCAAGAAGUCCAACGCCGCCGGCCUAACGGCGCUCGCGCUCUGCUUCACCAGGCAACUACAGCUACAAGCGCCGCCCGCCGCCGUCGUCACGGGGGAGCCGGCGGGCGGCCCUAGCGCGGCUGCCGCCGCCGCGGCCGCCGCCAACCUCCUCUUCUCGCCGGUGGCCGUCUACGUGGCGCUAGCGCUGCUGGCGGCCAGCGCCCGCGGCGGCACGCUCCAGGAGCUCCUCAACGCGCUCGGCGGCGACUCCCGCGACGACCUCGCCGCGUUCGCCCGCCGCGCCGCGGAGCGCGCGGUCGCGGUCGCGUUCGGGCGGUGGACCCGCCGUCGCGUUCGCCCGGAGAAGGCAGUUGGCGAGAUCAACGGCUGUUUGGCGGCGGCGACCAACAAUCACAUCGACUCCAUCCUCGAUUCAAGUUCAGUGGACACACUCACAACCCUCGUGCUCUCCAGCAGCAUCUACUUCAAGGGCAGAUGGGAGGCGCCGUUCGCCAAGGCGCACACGGUGGUGGACAAGUUCCACCGCCUGGACGGCAGCACAGCCGACGUGCCCUUCAUGUGCUCAGUGCGGAGCCAGUACAUCGCCAUCCGCAACGGGUACAAGGUGCUCAAGCUUCCUUACAGAUCGCCGGCACCGGCACCAGCACCGGCGCCAGCACCACGACGUAAGGGAUCAACACCAUCAGAGAGCAAGCCCGGCGACGGCGAUGACGACCCCGCCCCGAAAUACUCCAUGUGCGUCUUCCUGCCGGACGAGCGGGACGGGCUCCCAGGUCUCGUCGAGAAGGUAGCCUCUGGCCCCGGGUUCUGGCACUACCGCCUGCCGACCUGGCAGGUCCCCGUCGGGGACUUCCGGCUGCCCAAGUUCGAGCUGUCCGCCUCCGGUAGCGUGAGGGAGGCCCUGAGUGACGGCAUGGGGAUCAAGUCCGCUUUCGUUGCCGGCGAAGCUGACCUGGCCGACAUGGCGGCCAAGCGCGACGAGGACGCUGACACUGCUGGCACGCCGCUGUACGUUGCGGACGUCUGCCAUAAGGCAGUGAUCGAGGUGAACGAGGGAGGCACCGUUGCCAAUGGUGCCACUGCUAGUUACAUGCUCUGUGGAGCAAGUGCGGUGAUGGAUCAGCCGGUGAAGGUGGAUUUCGUUGCUGACCACCCGUUUGUGUUCUUUGUGAUCGAGGAGGUGUCUCGUGCUAUCGUCUUUGUUGGCCGCGUCCUUGACCCUUCAAUUUCAGGGUGA